AUGGGAAAAAAGACUGUGUUGAUUCUUACUUUUAUUAGUUAUGCUUAAAUGCAUGCAGCUAGAACUCUAUGGUCUUACAUGCAAAAAUAUUUAACUAUUGAAGACUACAAUAAAAAUAAAAUGGGUUAAGCAUAUUUGACAUUCUUAUUAACAUAUGGUAUAGGUAUGAAUACAAUUGGUCCAAUGUGUUGUAAAAACAGUUUGAAACAUUCUAUAGGAAUUAGUUGUAUGGCAGUUGGCAUGUUGUUUGCAAUCCUUGGAAUCUUGUAGGAGUUUCAACUCUUAACUUUGUAAGAUUUAAAUUUUAAUGAAUAGUCCUUUGGUCAUUAUAUUAAUGGCUAUAAAUGGUUUAAUACAAUCUGCAUGCUAUCCUGCAUGUGUAAAUGUAUUGGGAAAUUGGUUUAAAAAUCAUAAGGUAGGAUUAAUGAUGGGCUUAUGGUCAGGAUGUGUUAACGCGGGUGAUAUUUAUGGAUUAUUAAUUGGUGAUGUUGUAAUUCAAAGACUCGAAAUGCCAGUUUAUUGGGGUUUUUACUUUAUGUCAUGCUGUUUAAUCUUAGCUAGCAUAGCUACGUUAUCUUUUUUAUAAAGCGAACCUAGAAAUUAAAUUCAAGGUAUAAAUGAAUCAGAAUCUGCUCCUCUAAUCUUAAAAUAGAAAAAUAAAAGUUUAAAUAUUCUAUCAGCUUGGUUGGUUCCUGGAGUUGCUAUUUAUGCAGUAGGAUAUGCUUGCCUUAAAGGAACUUUUUAUGGGUUUUUAGAUUGGCUACCUUUUUAUUUUUAGUAAAAGGGAGAGAAACUUGAAAACCAUUCUUCUUAUAUUUCAUAAAUGUUUGAUGUUGGUUGUUAUGUUGGUGGAAUCUUUUUAGGAUAUUUAGGAGAUAAAUAUAAAAGACGUGCAUGUUAUUUUGUACCUAGUUUGUUAUUGGCUAUGGGUUCAAUGUUGGUUAUUAGAUUUUGUUUGGAUUUAAUAGUCUGGCCUUAUUAUCUUUGUAUUUUGGCUAUAGGUAUAUUCUAGGGAGGACCAUACAAUAACAUUUCAGGUGUCAUCUCAAUAGAACUUACUAAACAAUUUGAAAAUGAUAAAGCAGCUAUAUCAACUGUGUCAUCAUUGAUUGAAAGUACAGGAACUUUGACAGCUGCAAUGUUUUAGAUCAUUAUUCCAAGGAUUGGAGACGAACAUUUAUUUACAUUUUUAUGUCUUAUAACAUUAUUAGCUGAAUUAGUUUGUUGUGUUCUCUUAUUUAGAGAAUUAAAAGCUAAAAGAAGAUCCAAAUGA